AUAAGUGGCACGCAGCAGGAACAUGAAAGGAUACCAAAAAUAGUGCCUCUAUUUCUGCACCACGUGAUGCGUUCCCGAGGGUUACUGUGGGCUGUCGGGCGUCGGGGCGGCGAGCAUAAGUUCCCGGCUCGUCCUGGCUUGAGUCUCAGUGUGGAUCUGUCCGGCGGAAAGAGAGGGAGUGCUACAGGUAUCUUCUGGCGCACCCUUCCCUCCGCUCGCUCUUCACCGCUGCAGCCCCGGACUCCUUAACUUUCCCCACCGCCUUGCUGUCUGUCCCCGUCCCUUCCUGCGCCGCGUGAGUGUCCAAAAGGCAGUUGGGGAGACGGACAAAGUUACGAUGUCUUAAUUCUCGUGUCUUGGCUUACUCCUGCCUGCCUGCCUGCCUGUGUCUGCCUGUCUCUGCCUUCUUGACCUCCUUUCUCGAGAACCACGGAUGGCAACACCUGCUGAGCCUCGCUAAUGACUACCAUCACGCCGCGACCUGCAAACACUUGACGGAGGCGUGUGAGGUGUUGCGUGUGUUGUCUCUAGGGUGGUGUGUGUUGCAGGGACCUUGGGAGACCUUCUGUGUUGCUUCCUCUCCUGGGUGUCUGUGUUGUGGCAGUGUUGCGAGGGCUAGGUGUUGCAGUAUUGGUUAUUAUUGCAUCACUACUUUGUGUUGCGUCUCAUACCUGGGGAUGAUUGCUUACCUGUGUGACGCCUCGUAACACCUGGCGAGGGCAGACUGUACCUCGUCACCUGAUCACCUGGUCACCCACACACCUGCACAACACCUCACCUGAUCUCACCUCACCUACAGCUGCUCAUUAAGCAUGUGGCGGCUGAGGAGAAGACUUGAUUAUCCUGCCCUCAGUGUGUUGCUGCUGCUGAUGAUGCUGAUGCUGAUGAUGAUUGUGCCCUCAGGCGAGUGUCUUCGGUGUGUGAACUGCACGAGUCUCAAGGAUCCCGAGUGUCUGGACGGCAUUGGCAUAGAGGAAGAGUGUGCUAGUGACCAGAACUACUGCGUUUCCUACACUGGUUACCUCAAGAAGGGACAAGCUCAGGUGCUGUUUCGGGCGUGUACUGAAACCAACAUGUCUCACUUCUGCGGCAUCCACUUCGAGAAACUCACUAACAACAGGGUGGAGCGCCUCAUCGCCUGCUACCGGACGUGCACCACUGACCUCUGCAACGUGCACAAGAUGGAGUACCUGACAACCUCCUCCGCGCCCCGCUACUCCACCGCCUGCGUCUCCCCCAAACACCUCCUCGCUCUCUUCGCUCUCCUCUCCGUUGCUGUGAAAAAAAUGCUUGUCUCUUGUUGAUUUUUGGUGUUUUAUCCCUUUCCCUCGUUGUUUAUUUAGUGUUUUUUUUUUUUUUUUUUUGUUGUUAAAUUUGUUUCUCUUCCCC